AUGAGUCGUGAUGUGUCGGGACGGUUUGUUGUCAGACUACCUUUCCGUGACAAUAAGAAGCAGUUAGGCGAUUCGAGAGAGAUAGCUUUACGAAGACUGAGUUACUUAGAACGAAAAUUCAAAACUAAGCAAGAAUUUUAUAAUCAAUAUUCGAGUUUUAUGCGAGAGUACAUCAAAUUAAAUCAUAUGUCGAUCGUGAACAGCGAAUCUACCAUAAUGAAUCCUACUUAUCUACCGCAUCACGGCGUGAUGCACGAAUCUAGUCUUACAACGAAGUUACGCGUAGUGUUCGAUGGGUCGGUCAGAACUACGGCGGGAAUCUCACUAAACGAUACUUUAAUGAUUGGAGCGCGAUUACAAGAUAAUUUAAUUGAUAUCAUGUUACGAUUUAGAUUGCAUGCCAUUGCAAUCACAGCCGAUUUGAAAAAGAUGUAUAGACAAAUUUUGGUUCACGAAGCCGAUAGAGAUUAUCAAAGGAUUCUGUGGCGGUCGUCGGUGGGCGAACCUAUACGAGAAUUUCGAUUGAACACCGUGACAUACGGAUUAUCGUGUGCUCCGUUUUUGGCCGUGCGUUGCGUGAGACAUUUGGCAAGUAACGCGGACGAUCGAUUGACGCAAGCGUCUCAAGUCUUACUCAAUGAUUUAUACGUGGAUGAUAUAUUAACCGGUGUUAGUUCAAUUGACGAGGCAACCGAUUUGAUUAAGCAAUUAAAGGAAUUGUUAAAUAAUGGAGGAUUUGAACCACAUAAGUGGCGAUCAAAUUAUAAGGAAAUUUUACAUGAAUUACACUCUAGUGAACAGAUUGACGAAUCGUUGACUGUCGCGAGCGAUGUAAAUGAGACACAUAUAAAAACAUUGGGUUUGACUUGGCAUCCCGAGCGAGACGUGUUUGAGUUUUCUGUUAAUUCCAUAACAAGGUCGA